UAAAAAUGGAAUGACAACCCUAUCACGUUGGGCUCUGUUAUUUAAUUUACAAUUUUAGCUUAAGAACUCGAUAUCUCCUAUUGGAAGCUUUCUGAAAUGCUGAAAAGCCUUGUAGGACGGCGGCUGGCUAGCCAGUUGCUAAAAGGAUGUGUCGCACCAGCGCGACAUUCAUCGGAAUCCGCUGGCAGGUUCAAUCCUUUUGCCGGUCCGGAGGAGACUCCCAAGAAGUUUGCCAAUCCAUUUGCCCAACCGACAACUGAGACGUUUACUGAACCGGUGGCGACCGAGUCCAAGGAGGAUCGGGAGAAGCGACUGAAGGUGCUCCAGCUGGAAGCUGACAUAGCCCAUCAGGAGGGCCGACGAGUGCCGGCACUGGAAUUUUUUCAGGACCACCACUGGGAGCACGUGCUGACACUGCCCUCCAAGUCGGCGAGGAUCAAGUAUUUCGCCUUCCUCUGGCAGAUUGAAAUGAAGAAGCAGUCGGAGAAGCGAAGAAAGGAAAUUCGGGCGGAGGAAACUGAAAAGAGAGUAGCCGAGAUGAAGAAGGAACGCGAGGAGAACACGCACAUCAUCUACGGACUCGGGCAUACCUCCAUGUUCCUGCGCAUCUACGACACAACAAUCAAUCACUGGCAGAAUAAUCGCCUCACCAGGGCCAUGCAGUUUGCACCCAAGAUGGUCCUAGACUGUUCCUACGACGAGCACAUGAACAACCGGGAAGCCUCCUAUGCGGCCAAGCAACUGAUGUAUUGCUUCGCUGAAAACCGACAGAAUGACGAACCAUUUGACCUGCAUUACUGCAAUGCCCACAUGGAGGGCAGGUGUAUGCAGAAUCUCAAUCGCUUCAUACCCACCAUGCUGAAUCCAGAGUUUCCGAUAAACAUUCACCAACAGUGCUUCACAGAGCUAUUUCCAAAAAAGAACUUGGUCUACCUAACGCCCCACUGCCGCGAGGAUCUGGUUACCUAUAACCCCGAUGACAUCUACAUAGUAGGAGCCAUGGUGGACACGAUGAACAACGAACCUCUGUCACUGGCCAAGGCCAAGAGGAUGGGACUGCGCAUGGCACGAUUGCCCCUGGACCGUUACCUGCAGUGGGGAUCGGGUUCCGGGAAGUCACUCACUCUCAAUCAGAUGAUCAAUAUUAUGCUGGACCUGAAGAAAACCAAUGACUGGAACAAGGCCCUCAAGCAUGUGCCUCGCCGCAAAGUGGUGGAAUGGGAAGAGCAGAAGCGAAAUGAAAAGGAUCGCUGGGCUUUGGGUACGCGGGCUAGGAAGCUGAAUGUCCGAAUCGAUCAUCUACUGGACUACGAGGAGGACCGUCGGAAGGUAUCCUCAUUUGGCACACCAAAGAAGGUGCGACAACGCACCGAGGGAAUGGAGUUUAAACUGGACACCUGGGCCACGGGGAAACAAAAAAAAACCCAAAGACAAAAUUAACGUUACCUGUUGUAUUCAAUAAAGUGAAAAUUAUUAAUUAUAUUUUAUUGACAGCAUGAUUCAUUCUCCAGUCGGAGAAAUUCCUCGAGAUCAGGAUCUGAGGAAAGAACCUCGAGAUCAGG